GCUUGCUUAAGACCAUCUGGCAUGAAGACAUAGCUCCAAGGUAAAUAUGGAUCUAAUCAACUCUACUAUCUACGUGGUCAAUGCCUCUACUUUAGCAAGAAACAGCACUCACAUUUCUGCUCCUGUUUCAAAAAUAAUCAUUGCCCUUCCUUUGUUCAUGUCAUUUAUAAUUGGUACUAUCACCAAUGGCCUCUAUCUAUGGGUGCUAAAAUUCAAGAUGAAAAAGACUGUCAAUACUCUCUUAUUUUUUCAUCUCAUUCUCUCAUAUUUUAUUUCAACAUUGAUUCUGCCAUUUGUGGCCACCUCUCAUCUUCAGGAAAAUCAUUGGACCUUUGGAACUGCCUUGUGCAAGAUCUUCAAUGGCACUUUGUCUGUGGGGAUGUUCGCCUCUGUUUUCUUUCUCUCAGCCAUCAGUCUUGAUCGUUAUCUUCUCAUUCUUCACCCAGUGUGGUCCCAGCAGCACCGAACCCCACGUUGGGCUUCUAACAUCAUCUUGGGCAUCUGGAUAUCUGCCACCACCCUCAGCAUACCCUAUUUGGUUUUUAGGGAGACACACGAUGACCGUGAAGGAAGGGUGACCUGCCGAAAUAACUAUGCUGUGUCUACUAACUGGGAAAGCAAAGAGAUGCAAACAUUAAGGCAAUGGGUUCACGCAGCCUGUUUUGGCAGCCGUUUCCUACUAGGCUUCCUUCUGCCUUUCUUCAUCAUCAUCUUUUGUUACAAAAGAGUAGCCAGCAAGAUGAAAGAAAGGGGCCUGUUUAAAUCCAGCAAACCCUUCAAAGUCAUGAUAACUGCUAUUAUCUCUUUCUUUGUGUGUUGGAUGCCCUACCAUAUAUACCAGGGCUUACUUCUCACUGAGAACCAGUCACUACUUUUACAGCUGACUAUGAUAUUUACAGUGUUGACCAUUUCUUUCAAUACUGUCUUUUCACCUAUACUCUACCUAUUUACUGGUGAGGAUUUCAAAAAGGUUUUCAAGAAGUCAAUUCUCACUCUGUUUGUGUCAACAUUCAGUGAUGAUUCUUUUGCAGGAAGGACACAAAAUCUAAAUUCAGAAAGCUUAAUUUAA